AUGAUAAUUGUUGAUCCGCUCACUCUUAGUUCAACCCUAAGCGCCAUUUCCGAGGAGAAGAACCUUACAUACCUACUUGACCCUAUCGAAUGGAACCACAAUAUAUCAGCCGAGAAACUGGAGGAGAUAGUGACUCUAAUUCGCGAGAAGAACCUCAGGUAUCAGAACAAGUACUCUAGACAACAGGGAGAAAACGCCACCCCAGUUCUCAAGGCAUCUCAGAAGACCGAGAACGCAAAGCACUAUCCCAAGACCCACGUCAGCUGA